UCGGGCGCUUGUCCUGAUCCUUCACUGGUCUGAUGACGUCAUACGGGCGGACAUCUUGUUUGAGAAUGUAGGGUAUCGUCUAACACAUUCCAGUCUGAGAACUCAUCGCCGUGGUUUCUGUUAAUUUUCUUCAAAUUCAGCCUUUGUACGAGCCCAUGCUUUCCUAAACUUCGGAUCUAUACUCCUUCAUUUGUAGACGCGGAAUUAUACCGCCAUGUUCCGCUGUAUUCCGUUGUUUCGAGCCUGUAACAGGCAUGUGGAUUAUGUAGACCGCCGUCACGGGAAUUUAUCGGCGGUACCGGACGAUAUUUACCGCUAUUCUCGCACUCUUGAAGAGUUGUUACUGGAUGCAAACCAGAUUAGGGACCUACCUAGGCAAUUUUUCCGGCUACAAAACCUGCGUAAGCUGGGACUGAGUGACAAUGAACUUGAGAGACUACCUGCAGAAGUAGGGAACUUUAUGAAUCUGACUGAACUUGAUAUCAGUCGCAAUGAUAUAAUAGAAAUUCCAGACAAUAUCAAGUACUGCAAGGCGUUGACCGUUAUUGACUUCAGUGGCAAUCCACUGUCCAGAUUACCAACCGGUUUCACACAACUACACCAUCUUGCCCACCUAACACUGAAUGAUGUAACCCUAGAAAACCUACCUACAGACAUAGGAAACCUGUCCAAUCUGCUAACCCUAGAGCUACGUGAGAACCUUCUGAAGAUACUACCAGAAUCCUUGUCCUUCCUGGUGCGUUUAGAGCUACUUGACCUGGGCAGUAAUGAACUGGAGGAACUACCUGAGACCUUAGGAGCGUUGCCUAACCUGAUGGAACUAUGGCUGGACUGUAAUGCACUCGCUACUCUGCCACCGGAAAUUGGCAACUUGACCAGGUUGACUGUUCUGGACAUCUCAGAGAACAGCUUGGAAUGUCUCCCUGAUGAGAUUAGUGGAUUACAGAGCCUAACAGAUCUCACUCUCUCACAAAACUGCCUGGAGAAACUGCCAGAUGGAAUAGGUAAACUGAAAAUGCUGAGUAUCCUCAAGUUAGACCAGAACCGAGUUAUAGCACUCCCUGCUUCCAUUGGAGGAUGUGAGAAUAUGACAGAGCUCAUCCUUACAGAGAACAUUAUUCAAGAACUUCCCCCAACGAUUGGUAACAUGUCCAAACUGAACAACCUGAACGUAGAUCGCAACAGACUCCUGCAUCUAAUACCCGAGAUUGGCAAGUGUGUACGUCUUGGUGUUAUCUCUCUGCGAGAUAAUCGUCUGACCAGGUUACCCCCAGAGAUCGGCAUGUUGACUGAGCUACAUGUGCUGGAUGUGUCUGGUAAUAGAUUAGACUGGCUUCCCAUUCAACUAGCCAACUGUAACCUGAAAGCUCUAUGGCUGUCAGAGAACCAGUCUCAGCCAUUACUCAACUUCCAGACAGACGAGGUUGGACCUCAGCAACUCAAAGUAUUGACUUGCUUCCUGUUACCACAACGAGGACCCUCAGAGAGCAUGGAGAACCUUCUGGCUGGCAGUGUGGCUACUACUGAAGAUGACAACAGAGUUAGCUGGACUGAGAAACCAGACAAGGAGAAAGCCAUUAAAUUCCAUGAUGAAGGAGUGGACUUUGAGGAACAUGAGAGACCGUCCAACUUUGUUCGUCAUGACACGCCCCACCCCAGGGAACUUAAAGCAAGACACCCUAAGUUUGCACACCAAGGUCAUCAUAAAAGUAAACACAACCGUUCCACAGAUGAGGAUGAAAGUCAAGUAGGCACUGAUGAUGAAUCUGAGAAGCGGUUAUCUGGUCACUUCAAACCCCCAACUGAAACAGAUGCAUUACUUGCUGGAGCUAGUGGUACAGUCAUUGUACCUACCAUGGUCACUACACAGCUAGCCUCACCAGUAGCCAAUGUACAGGAGGAUGAUAUGGAAGAUCCAUUACUGAAAGCUUCAAACACUGCCCCAGUCCAAGCUCAACGGACUGUACAACUUCAGUCACCAAAUGAUCGACGGUCUGGAGAAAUAUCAGAGAAUGAUUCCGAGAGGCACGUCGGAUUCUCUAGUGAUGUCGAAGACCAACCUGAACAAACGGAUCUGAAAUUGCAUCGGCGAGACACUCCGCACUACUUGAAGAACAAACGGGUAAACUUGAAUGAGGAACCAGAUCAGAUGACCACGCAACUAUUGAAUCAAGUCUUGGCUCGUACUGCAGCUGAACAGGCUAAGAGAGAUGAACCUAAUUAUGAACGGCGCUGUCCCACAAGUCCAUCCCUUCGCAAAUCCCACAGUCUGUUUGCAAGCCUAGGCAACUUACGCUCUCGGAUUUGUAGUACUGAGUCAAUACAGGAACAGCUGGAGAUAUCCUUUUCAAGAGAAGGUGGUGGUCUUGGGAUUAGCAUAGCUGGAGGUCGGGGGUCAACUCCAUAUAAGGGCAAUGACCAGGGUAUCUUUAUAUCCAAAGUAGUGGAGGGAGCUGUGGCCCACACUCAGGGUCUACUGGUUGGAGACAAAGUUCUCUCGGUCAAUGGAGUGAAUUUAGUAGAUGCUGAUCAUCUUGAAGCUGUUGAAGCCUUGCGGAAUAGCACCGACCACAUUCAUAUUGUCAUUCUGAGAGAGACCGACAUCAAUCCUGAUACAACAACAGCAAAUCAAGAGACUGAGGAAUCCACAGCAGAGGUCAAUCUACCGCCGGCUGCAAUCCCUGAUGAUAGUGAACAGAACAAGGUGCAAGACAGGCCGGGUGUCAAGUUUGCACCUGAGCCUAAAGUCCGACUGGUGCAAGAGAAAAUCUCUGUCAAGUUGUGUAAGGAUUCCAAUGGUCUAGGGUUCAGCAUCGCUGGAGGCAAAGGCUCUACUCCCUUCAAGGGCUCAGAUAAUGCCAUCUUCAUCUCCAGGAUAACAGAAGGAGGUGCUGCAGACCGCAUCGGUGUACUGCAAGUAGGAGAUAAGGUCCUGGAGAUUAAUGGUUUAGAUAUGGAGCAUGCCAGACAUGACCAAGCAGUGGCGCUACUCACAAGCACCAAAGUCAUCUCAAUGAUUGUAUUCCGAGAGUCUAUGGAGGUUGAGCAUCAUGAGCCUAUAGUCAAACAUGAGCCUCCUGAGUACUACGAUCAGCAUGCUGAUGGCUACACCAAUCAUGUAGAACCAGUAGUAGAGGAUAUCCGAUUGGUGCGGACAGGUGGCCCACUGGGGCUUAGUAUCGUCGGUGGUAUCGAUCACUCCAGUCAUCCAUUCGGUGGUAGUCAACCUGGUGUUUAUAUCUCUAAGAUCGUUCCGAAUGGAUCAGCAGCUAGGACGAAUCUGUGUGUUGGAGAUCGCAUUAUUAGAGUGAAUGGUAUUGAGAUGAAGCAUGCUACACAUCAAGAGGCUGUGACUGCGUUAUUGUCUAAUGCUCAUGAGAUCCUACUCAGGGUUAGUCAUGAUCCACCACCAAAGGGACUACAGGAAAUCAUGAUCAUCAAGGCCCCAGGAGAGAAAUUAGGCAUCAGCAUCCGAGGGGGUAACAAGGGUCACCCAGGGAACCCACUGGACAAGAAUGAUGAGGGUAUAUUCAUAUCAAAGGUUAAUGAAAUUGGAGCAGCUUCUCGUGAUGGAAGGUUACACAUUGGGAUGAGAAUAUUGGAGGUGAAUGGUCAAAGCAUGCUAGGUGCCAGACAUGGGGAUGCAGUGCGUGCAUUGAGGAGUGCUGGUGAUCGUAUUCAGUUGUUUGUAUGUGAUGGCUAUGACCACAGUGAAGUCGCAUUCUGGCAAGCACGGCCUGGUGUGGUUGGUAACCCACUACAAAACUAUGACAGUAACAAGAGAACCAGCCAAGAGAGUAUAUCCUCCAUUGACAGGGAAAUGACAACUGAGGAACUCAAUAGGCUGAAUGAGGAGAGUCAAUACCAACAAGAAUCGGAGCAAUGGGAGAAGGAAGAACUUGUCAAACUGGAUUUGGCAAUGAAGGAGGCGAUGAGAUUACAGAGGGAGGAAGCAACCAGGCAACUCAUGUCAGAAGAAAGCAGUACCAAUGAUAACCCAAUGCAGAGAGCCACCAUGAGAACACUGGAGGAUAUUGAACCUCCACCCCCUGUGGCAGUGGAAGAGCUGGUGCAGCCGAAUCUGACGCCCCAAACUGAAUCCCUUCCUUCACCCCCAGUCAUUGCUAAUAACUACAACAAUCCUGAAGCUGAGGAAGAUCUACCCCCUCCCCCUCCAUUGACUAGUCCUCCUCCAUUCAGCCCACCUCCACUCAGCCCUCCUGCCGAGGAUAAGCCUAAGAAAUCGGGUCCCCCUGUGGCCCCCCGGCCUGCAGCUAAGGAGCAGGUUGGUAGGACCAAGCUAGUCUCUACCUCCAGCACUACCACAAGCCGUUCCUCUAGUACAUCUAGCCCACCUACAUCACCCCAGCCAGUCAAAAAGGUGCCCCCUCCUGUCGCCCCCAAACCUCCCAAAUGGGAUGACAGAGACCCAUCACCGCCCCCCACCCUGCCCCCGACAGAGGAAGAACGAGAAGAGAUGGAGAAGUUAAGACUUGCAAAGCAAGCCAGGAAGGAAGCAUUGAGAGUAGCGCGUCUGUCUGCUGGUAGUAUGUCCAGUCGCUCCUCAGGCACGGCCAGCCCUGUCUUAUCUCCUGAGAUUAUAUCACCAGUCUUAUCUCCACUCAAUGCAACCAAGCCCAUGGUGAAGGCCUCCGGACCUGAGCGGCUUGCAUUCAAAGACAAAUGGAAGCACUUUGAGCAACAGGCUGAUGAACAAGCUCACUCAACACCCAAGUCAUCUACCAAGAAAGUGACCCUGGUCAGUGAUCAGGAUUUGCAGAAGAUCAAAGAAGAUGAAGACAGGCGAAUGCACUCCAUGAGUGACGACGAACGCAUGAACUAUUCAAGAAAUAUCACCAUAGAAACCACACCCAAUAAACAAACCACUUCAGAGGAUAUAUUCAACAUCACAGGUUCAAGCAUUAGUCCUAUAACUGGUCUACCCACUGAAAUUAGAACGGCAAAAGCCGAGCGAAGAUACUAUGAGAAAUUAAAGGCAGAGGGCCAGAUAAGCCCUGAAGUCAACCAAGAAGACGGGCUUGAAAAGGGGCUCUCCCCGGCGGAGAUGCGAGCUAAAGAGGCAGAGAAGAGGGCAGCAUGGCGUGCAGCCAGGAUGAAGUCAUUGGAUGAUGAUGCACUCAGGGCACAGAUGGUGCUAACACAACACAAAGAUGCCGAGGAUGGCCUACGUAUCAAUGCGCUCAGCAAUGGAAGCAACCAACCUUCUGAGAAUGGUGAGAAUCCAGCAGUCAAGGUGUCGCCACUAGAAGCUGACCUGCAGUUUAUUGAUGAUGAAAACGGUGGAGAUUGAGUCUCAAUAGCCCCCUGAUACAAAUUGCAUGCUUGGAGCCACUGCUCACCCCUCAUGUGGAAAGUGGAAUGUUCCAUUCAUCCGACCAAUUAGAAGUCUCUCCUCCGUUUCUACCAAGGCAACGAGUUUCAGAUUUGAACCGUAAUGCCGCUCAUUUUUUAAGCUGUUAUAUUUUUAACAAAGCCUUAUCACAUGUGGGGAUAGGGAAAAGGGUUUGUAGAUGGUUUAGGGUUGUAACUUGUAUCAAAUAAGUUGGUCAGAAAUUGACGGACAAAAUCUGAACAUUACCUGUAUCAUAGUUAUGCUCUCUUUUGAUUAUUAAACAUUUAUUUAUUAUUGCUAUAAAGGAAUUUUCUCCAGAGAAUGUAGAGAGUGUAAAUUUUGGAAAACAACAGUGUUUAUAAGAACACAGUUUUCAUGGAUGGGACUAUUUUUCUCUUAGUCUUUUAAGCAGAAUUAAGAAAGAACUCAGCUUUACAGGAUUUGAAGAAAUAGGACAUAGCAGUAUUUUGAACUUGUGUAGCAUCGUAUCAGAUUCCCUCUGUAUCUUCAAUGGUGAUACAGUGUUUUACCAUACUUUUUUAUUGUACUUGAUGUACAGAAUUUUAACGUUUUUAAUGAAGGAAUGUACAGAAAUCGGGAAAAGUGAACAAUUUCCAUUUGUUAGUCAUCUCGAGUUGAAAGACAUUUUGCUGGAAAAGUGGUUGGGUUAUUUUUUUUUAGUUUUUCCUUAAAAAAAUCAGUACAAAAUCUUUCAUGUUUCCUUCAAACUUGCCAAAUUUGCAGAUCUUUGUAAUGAGUUCUUCCCAGGCUAAGGUUUUACUAGGUUUUGAGUUCAUUUUUAUAGAGAAUUUGUUUUAAAUUACUAUUAUUAAAAACAUGCUUUUAAUGUUUAAAUUGGGGGUAUAUGGAUGUUAUGUAAUGUUACAUUGUGUUUUUAUGGCAUAUUUUAUUCUUGUGUAGGCGUUGUCUGAACACAGCACUGAGGUGCAGAUCAGGAGACCCUUUUGCCAUUAGCUGUUUCUUGACUUGUUUUUAAAAAGUGAGGAAUGCAGCCAAUUAGAAAUCAUGUCAGAUAUGGUAUUGCAUGAAAAGCAAAGCAGAUGUACCAAGAUUGAAGUAUAACGUUUUUAUGUACUUAUUCUAAAGGGGUUUUUAAUGGGAGGACAACAGAUUUUGGAAUUAUUUGAAAUUUUCUCCCAAAGAAAAGGCACCUAAGUUGUAAAUAAUACAAAAACGUAUACCCUUCCUUGCAGUCUCCUUUCUCUUUUUGGUGUUAAGUUGCCUAUCCAAUAAUAAAUAUGAACAAUUAUAUCCAUCAUCCUAAAACCAGACCAUAGUCUCCAGAAAGCUUUUUGAAAAUCUAUUUGAAAUUAUUGCAUAUAAGCAAUGUGGAUUGCAUCUCUCUGAUUGUCCUUAACUUUCAAGCUUUCUUUGCAUGAAAGUGUAUUUUGCAAUAGUGUGAAGUGCCACAACAAAGUCUAUUAGUUGUACAAACAUUUAUCAAACCUACAAUUAUACACACAACUCCUGGUUUGGGCCAUUGUUUCUUUCAAAAUGUUUACGUCCUUGCAGUUGCCCUCCCCAAAUAUCUGGUGAAGAUUGUGUUUGUUUUGCAUUAUCUGUGAUGUAUCAUGUUGAUAUUUUAAGAUAAUUACCCCUGCAUUUGCUUGAAUCAAAGGUUUCAAUUUCCUGGCACUAUACGACUUAAUUAGGUACAAUUGAAGUGUUUUGAAGGGAGUUUUGUACAAGUCUACUCAUGCCUGUUCCCUAAAUAAUAGGUUUGUAAAAGCCGUCAAUGUAUCUCUAUUUAAAUAUAUGGUGCCUUUUCUACAAUGCCGUCAUGUUAAAUAUUGUUAAUAUUGUUGUACUUUGGGUCAUAACUUCUGAAAGACAAAAUUUCGCUCCCAGAAUUUAUCUGUGUAUUGAUACUCAUUGAGCAUCUUUGUAAAUUCCUGACAAUAUUUUGUACAUUACAAAAGCAGUGUGCAUUUAACAAUAACUGUAGCCAAAAUGGGGGAGGGAGGGGUGUGUAUUAACACCUAGACAUCCUUUAAACUUUUGUUACUGUUGUAUGUAACUUUUUAUAAUUUGCUAUUAAGUUUGCUUGCUUAUUUUAAUACAAUAUUUCUGUAGGGCAAUAUAAUAUUACAUGUAUUUUCUGUUGUAUUAUACACCAUUGCAUUCAGUGUCAUUUAUUCAGACUUGUAUAUUGAAAUCAUGUAAUUGUUUACAAUUUUAGUUGGUUUACCGGUCACUUUUGGUUAGGAGCCAUUUAACAAGCCAUUUAACAAGCCAUUUUAAUCCAGUUUCAAGCCGGUUCAUACUUGCAAAAGAGAAUAGCAUUGCGAAACAUUUCCAACAAUGUUUAGUGGAAUGGAAAGUAUAAGUUGCUGAUGCCAUCAAAUUCACAACUGUUUUGUACAAAAGAUGAACCGGUUGUUUUUGCUCUACAAGAAAGAUGAAAUAAGUACGUUUUAAUUGCAAUUUUCAAACUGGUUCACACUGUCAAGCAGUCCCAAGUCUAGUUGGAACUAGUGAAAUCUGCCUUCAUCAGCUCUUUCGGCUUAUAAAAGUUGACUGGUUGGUUUAAAGUUGUUGACAUUAUUUUUUUACAAUUUACAAAAGCUAUCAUUGUGUCUAUAUACCUUUUCCUUUGUUGUUUCAGGUUUUCAUUUAAGUGGUCAUUUCUAAAUGGUUAUCAGUUAUUUUAAGCCCAAGUUGCCCCAGUCACCACAACAACAAAAAAGCCAUUGUUUUUAAUGCGCAUUUGUUCUUGCAGGCAAUGUAACAUUUACUGACAAGCUUUUUUUUUAAGACAUAUAUUUCAUCCUGAGGCAUACGUUGACUUCCUACAUGUGUGUAUCUAGCUUGUACAGUCAUUAUUUCAGAGUUGCAUCGCACUUGAAAAAGAAAUCCGCAAUUUAAGGAGCAAAAAGUGUUUUCAAACUUUUUGCAAAAUAGUUCUGUAAUAAGCAAGGGAGCCAUUUGAACAUCUAAGUGCGCAUGUCAAGCAUCAGAAAUAUACUGUAUGUAAUACUUCCUACAUAAGACUGGUUGUAAAUGCUUACUGUUGGGAAACACAGACUUUUGCACUUCUAUUGUAUCUUAUUCAACAAUCCUAGGGUGAAACUUGUAAUAUGACUCAGUAACUUUAUAUUCUGCUUCAACACUGUAUAUAUGAACCAUGUAAUUAUCAACAUACUGUAUUCUGUUAGGCCAGGAGGACUCUUUGUCAUUUCUGAUAUUGGUUAAAUAAAUAGUAUUGGAGAAUAAUA